CAGUUGUACUGUAUCGAGCCCAUCAUAGGACGAAACUUGGUGAUCUAUUGCUAACCUGAUUGGUUCACUCGUGUCACUUCACAACAACAAUCAAUAUUGACGCCCAGUUCAAACAUCUUAUCGCUCCCCGCCUCUCGUGUUACUCCACAUUUCUAUUCCGACUUCAGACUUGAGUUGCUCUUUUGUUUUUGUUUUUGUUUCUUAUUCUUGUCGAUAAGAUAAAGAUAGUGAAACAAAACCGCUUCUGCUGUCUUGUCUUGUCUUGUCUUGUCCAACAUCACGUCGCAUUUGUUACCCCAGAGCUUGGACCACAUCCAACUCCUACGAUCGCGAUCGCGGAGUAUCAACUGCGCCACCAAUUUACAUCGCGGUAGGCGCCGCGAUAACGUUCCAGCGCCUCCGAGUUUCUCAGCGUCAGCGCCCGCCCGAGCUGCUCAUCUACCCAGCCAGCCACGUGAUCGCGCUCAUUGAAACCAGUACAAGGAAGAAGCUGGUCCGCGCUACAAGCUGUGCCAAACCUAGUGCGUCACCUUGUACGAGCUUUCUUUCGUAGCAUCAAGGACAAAAAAAAACCCAGCGAAGCGAUUCAAGUCAUCAGCGCGACCUAGUUCUUGCGGUACCAUCAUUUACGCUGUUUAAACCUGCGAAGAAUUAUCCAUUGAGAAGAAACAACGCGAUUGCGACUGCGAUUUGCACGUGCGACUGCGGCGCGCUGAUUCACUUUCGCGACGAUCUGCUGGUGAGGCCAUGGGCUUGACUGGUGCGCCUGCGCCGCGAAGGAUUAAAGAAAGGGGAGCUCGCUAGGUACGUUUCUUCGCCAUUCGGAAUCACUAGCGACUUGAUCCACGCUCAGCCUUUCACCAAGAUUUGCAUGGCAAGUUCCGAUGAAUGCGAGCUAAUCUUCGUGAUCAGAGGCUACCGAUAUCAUCGCAAGAACCCUUACACACAUUUCACCUACCAACGAUACACACAAUGCACGACAAGAUCGUCCCCCUAGGCUCGCGCCUACAUUACCCCAUCAUCGUUACAAAACUUCUCAAGAAACCCGGCGAUACGAUCAAGAAACAAGAAAGUAUUUUCGAGUACAAGUUCCACUGGAAGCGCAAGGUCAACGAAGAGACCUGGAACGAUGAAACCACAUACACUGAGUUCGAUAGCCCCGCUGAAGGCAAGCUCAAGCAAUGGCGCAUCCGCGAAGGCCAGGAGAUCGCGGCUGACUCGCCCUGUCUGAUGGUUGAAGAAGCGUGCGGUCACGAAGUCCAGGUGCAGGGUCUUUGCAGUUUGUGCGGCGCUGAUAUGACCGAGAUCAACUGGGCGAGUGAUAACCUCGAUACAGAUCGCGCCAUGAUCAACAUGAGCCAUGACCAGACUGUUUUGAGAGUCAGCGAAAGCGUCGCUACAAAGGCCGAGCACGAGAACCAGAAGCGCCUACUCAGACAACGGAAACUGAGUCUCGUUGUCGAUCUUGAUCAAACUAUUAUACAUGCCUGUAUAGAACCCACGAUCGGAGAGUGGAAGAACGAUCCCACGAAUCCUAAUUAUGAAGCUGUGAAAGAUGUUAGGGACUUCCAGCUCAACGAUGACGGUCCUCGCGGAUUGACCAGCGGCUGCACGUACUAUAUCAAGCUUCGACCGGGAUUAAUGGAAUUCCUGGAUGAGGUCUCCAAGAUGUACGAGCUACAUGUUUACACCAUGGGUACCCGUGCCUACGCCCUCAACAUCGCCAAGAUCGUUGACCCCGAACAGAAGCUCUUUGGAAACCGAGUUAUCAGUCGUGACGAGAAUGGCAGCAUUACUUCCAAGAGUCUACAGCGUCUGUUCCCCGUCAGCACAGACAUGGUAGUUAUCAUUGACGACCGAGCCGACGUGUGGCCUAUGAACCGACCGAACCUGAUCAAGGUGGUGCCCUACGAUUUCUUCAAGGGUAUUGGCGACAUCAACUCGAGUUUCCUCCCUAAGCGAACAGACAUUCUACCUAUACUCAAGUCGAAGCCCGUGGAAAAGGGUGUGAAGAUAGCCCCGAAAGCUUCACCGAUGGAUGAGAUUGCUCGAAUGAGCGGCGGAGACGAUGCCGCCAAUCUAAAGGUCCAGGAAGAAGAGCAGGAAAAGACCCUUGAGAAGCAACUCAAGGACCGACCAUUGCUCCAUAUGCAGGAAGAGCUAGACAAGGAAGACGAUCAGCAAGAUACGAAUGUUGGCGAGAAUGCUAGCGAAUCACCACCUAUUCACCACCGAAAUGUUCUUGUUGACGACGAUGAGGAGCUUAUCGCGCUCCAAGACCACCUUACAGAUUUACACACGGCAUUCUACGAGACAUACGACCGGCGAAGAGCGGAAAGAAGAGAGAAAGAGGGGACGCACCCACCUGCGCAUAGCAAGUCCAAGAGAAGGGCGUCGGUCGAUGAUGGUGUUGACUUAUCUAUGGUCCCAGACGUCGGCGACAUUCUUGACGAACUCAAGUCCAAUGUCUUGUCUGGUCUUGUGAUUGUGCUAUCAGGGCUUGUCCCUCUGGGCGUGAGAGUGGAGGAGUCAGAGAUCGGUAUGCAGGCUCAGAGUUAUGGUGCUCAGGUCCUGGAUACAGUGUCGAAACGAGUCACACAUCUUGUCGUUGCCUCAUCACGCCCUCGUACCAAGAAAGUGCAGCAGGCCGCCAAAAUCCCCAGCAUUAAAAUUGUCAACCAAAACUGGCUCACCGACUGCCUAAGUCAAUGGAGGCGACUUGACGAGCGACCCUAUUUUUUAGAGAUUCUCGACGCUGAUAGGGAGAAGGGAGAGGAUGACACGACCGAAGUUACAUCGGAAGCCGACGAAGCUGAAGAUGCGCAGACGGGGCAAGAGCUAAGAGACUUUGACUGGGGAGAAGCUGAAGAUGAACUGGCCGAGUUCCUGGAUGAUGAUCUUGGCGACGACGGCGACGUGAGCAUCGCUCCCACAGUCACUGAAUCAGACGUAGAGUCCGUGGACGGUCAGAACUCGAAAGGCAUUAAACGUAAGGCUGACGCCGAUGAGUCAGACGACGACGGCUCAAAUCUCGGCGAAAGUGUUCUGGCCAAGAAGCAACGUCUGGCUCGGAAUAGGGGCGCCUCUGGUCUCCGAUCAAUACAAACACCAAACGGUGACGACCAAGAUACAGAAGAUGGAAGUCUACCUACACCAGUACCAACAGGCGACGAAGAUGUGGUGGAUCGGGACAAGGAGCCUCUGGUGAAUGUUGACGAUGGGGCAGAUUUUGAUGAGGAUGAGCUGGAGAGAGAGUUGCUAGCAGAGUUGAUGGCGGACUGAUAUAUGAGAAGCAUUACUGGCGAAUUGAAGACUUGGAACCUCGGGGAUGGAGUCAGGCGCGAUAUGGAAUAGGAUAAUUUUACCCUACAUUUACAUCAGUAAAAUGGAGAUAGAAUCGUGUACAUGACGGGAGGGAGUUGAUUGGUUUGAGAUUUGUACUGGUAACUGCUAUGUAAUACCCCGAGGCAAGGACAAUCAAGUCUUACAAGCACGUUGCUGUGUCUACCUAAUCUUGACGAGUGGUCUUGUGAAAAAAUGUGAGCUAUUGCGUGCCAUGUUUGCUUCUUUGUCCCUGAUCAGAUGAGGC